UGCAGCCAAUCAGCGAGCAGCAUCCACCCUCCCUGACUCCACAAUUAAGCCCAUAACCAGCCGGCCGGGCGGAGCUGGCAGCAUUUGGCUGAGACGCGGGACGAGAGAGGCACCUAACGUCGGCCAGAGCAGGCGAUGGUCUGAGAGCCCCCUCGGCCUCCUCCUCCCCCGGAGACCCGCGACAGAGAGGCCCCCGCCUCCCUUUCCCUCCCCUUCCAUUCACGACCCCAGGCCCUCCCACCCCCCUUUUCCGCCUCUUCUCCUCCCCCGCUCUCGCUCGCCCCGGGUUGCAGCCACCUCGGGGGUGGCUCGGCGCCAGUCAGCCAGCAGCGAUGAGUGGCUCCUUCGAUCGCAAGCUCAGCAGCAUCCUCACGGACAUCUCCAGCUCACUCAGCUGCCAUGCUGGCUCCAAGGACUCCCCCACUCUCCCCGAGUCUUCCGUCACGGACCUGGGCUACUACAGUGCACCGCAGCACGACUACUACACUAGCCAACCUUAUGGUCAGGCGGUGAAUCCUUACGCCUACCACCACCAAUUCAAUCUCAAUGGGCUCGCAGGCACUGGCGCCUACUCGCCCAAGUCGGAAUAUACCUAUGGAGCCUCCUAUAGGCAAUAUGGGGCUUACCGGGAGCAGCCGCUGCCAGCCCAGGAUCCAGUGUCGGUAAAGGAGGAGCCGGAGCCGGAGGUCCGAAUGGUGAAUGGGAAGCCCAAGAAGGUCAGGAAGCCUCGAACCAUCUACUCUAGCUACCAGCUGGCAGCCUUACAGCGCCGCUUCCAGAAGGCCCAGUACCUGGCACUUCCCGAGAGGGCCGAGCUGGCUGCCCAACUGGGCCUCACCCAGACCCAAGUGAAAAUCUGGUUCCAGAAUCGUAGGUCCAAGUUUAAGAAGCUCUACAAAAAUGGGGAGGUACCCCUGGAGCACAGCCCUAACAACAGCGAUUCCAUGGCUUGCAACUCUCCCCCCUCUCCAGCCCUCUGGGACACCUCUUCCCACAGCACCUCGGCCCCAGCCCGAAGCCAACUACCCCCACCGCUCCCCUAUAGCGCCUCCCCCAGCUACCUGGACGACCCCACCAAUUCCUGGUAUCAUACUCAGAACCUGAGCGGACCUCACUUACAGCAGCCCCCUCCGCCUGCCACCCUGCAUCACACUUCUCCUGGCCCCCCACCUAAUAGUGGGGCUGUGUACUGAGGGUGAACCCUGUUCUGGGAUCCUGGGGGAACCCAGACUCCCCACCCACUACCAACAAAGGACGACCCAGGACUGAGCCAGAGGAGCAUCUGUCAUGGCCGAAACUCAGGAAAUCAACAAGGAGUGAAAGGGGUAGGGAGAAGCUCCCCAAUCUCUCUAGACUACCCCCUUUCUUCAGGGGUCUCGGUUCUUCCUGAACAACUUUAUAGGAACCCAGGAUUUCCCAUACUCUCUUCCCUGUUACCCCUGCCAUGUUGUACCUGGCCACCCAGAUGUUGGGGCGCAUUGUACUCAGCUGGGACAGUAUCUUCCCUGGACGAAUCUGGACAGGCUUUGGGAGUUUCCCAUCUUGUAGGAUUUGAUACUUGCCUCGUUUCUCUGGACUAGAGACUUUGGGGAUGUAAAGAGGGAAGGGCAAGGUAGAGAGAGUGCUUGGAGGUAUUGGCAAGGCGGUUGGGAGAUUCUGGCUCACAGUCAGACCUCAUUCUCCUCAGUUUACUUGCUCCUCCCUACCAGGCCUCGAAAGACCAUUUAAUUAACUUCCUUGGAAAGAAGGCUAGGAGGAACGGGUGAAGGCUCUUUCGGUCCCCCUGUCCUUCUCCACCUCCCUCAGCCCCCAGAUUAGAAUUGGGAGCUAAACCAAAGAAAAUUCCCAAGCCGGGAAAAGACUGAUUAUUUGUGGCCUUAAAGAAGGGGGACCUGCCAAGCGGUUCUUUUUCAUCUAGAAUCCCUUUUCUCCUAGGGGUUCUCGAACUGACUUCCCCAGGGCUGUGUUUCCCUUUCAGUGUACAGAACUUUGCACAACUUUGGUCUAAAAGCUGUUGAAAACUAGAAAACGAAGGGCAUUGUUAAGAAAUAGGACCAAACUCCCCUCUUGAGUUCGCCUUCUCUUCCCACAUUCCUACUUCAUCUCUCCCUCCUCCAGUAAGUUGGUGAUUUUUAGCCCCCAAACCUCAAGUCAUGAAGAAAACCAGCCACCAAGAAAAAGUAACCGCCAUCCCCUUUUGGGUGUCAGAGGAAACAAAUUCCUCCCAGCUCAACUGGGCUGGAAAAUGCCCAAUGAGAGGGAAGAAAGGGGGGAUGGGAUGGGAAUAAGGACAGCUCAGCUCCUUCCUCUUCGGCUGGGGAUACCUUGGGACUGCUCCUACCCCCAAGGGACCCCAAGAAGCCAUCUCUCCUCUGACUCUUACUGUGGUGAAACAUCAAAGAAAGGGGGGGGGGACCCAAAUACUCUAGCUAAAUAUAUAUAUAUAUAUAGUAUAUAUAUGAUAUUUUUUUAAAAGAGAGAGAAGCCACCUCCUCCCUGCCGUGGUUUCCUAUUUAUGUGACUUCCCUCCUGUUCAAAUCUUGCUGUGUGUAGAACUGAGAGAAACAGGGUUGUUGGCUCCUGGUGGAUUUUGGUUUGGUUGGGGCAGGGAUGGGUGGGAAGGCUGGGAGAUAUGCAGGUCUCUGGGAAUCCCACUCCAGGAGACAGCAUGGCCCUGGCCAGUUCCCCCAUUAUUCUACCCCUUCCCUCCGACAUACUAUUCUCUUCCUUUGUGCUUUCUUACUGGACCCAUCUUUAUAUCUGAUAUUAAUAAAAAAAUUGAAUCUGAA